CAGCAACACUAGUAUCAUCAUGGCCGACGACAACACACAACGUCCCUACGACACCAUCGUCACCCAAAUCGUCGACUACGCGUAUGACUUUGACAUCACGCGUCCCGAGGCUUUCCAACGAGCCACGGCCACUCUGCUCGAUGCAAUGGGCGCCGCCUUUGAAGGCCUCACCACCAGCGCCGACUGUCGCGAGCUGAUCGGACCUGCCUGGUCCGCCCCCGACCAGUUGCCCGAUGGCUUCCGUCUACCCGGAACCAAGUACCAGCUUGAUGUGCUCAAAGGAGCAUUCGACAUGGGCCUGCUGAUACGGUAUCUCGAUCAUAAUGAUGCCUUUCCUGGUGCAGAAUGGGGUCAUCCUUCCGACAAUCUCGGGGCUAUCCUCGCCACCGCCGACAUUCUUAGUCGCCAAGCCCUAAUUACCGGCACCGGCCCAACCAUGAAACACGUCCUCAUCGCUCUCAUCAAAGCCUACGAAAUCCAGGGGUGUUUUCAAAUCAAAAACGCGUUUAACCGCGUCGGGCUUGAUCACGUCAUUCUCGUCAAAGUCGCUGCUACGGCUGUUACCUCCUGGCUGCUCGGUCUGAGUAAAUCUCAAGCCCAGGCUGCUGUCUCCCACGCCUGGCUGGACGGCCAUCCCCUCCGGGUCUACCGACAAGCUCCGAAUGCUGGGCCCCGGAAGGGCUGGGCCGGGGGGGAUGCAUGCAUGCGCGCUGUGCAUUUGGCGCUACUGGUGAAAAAGGGGCAACCCGGGGUACGGUCGGUCUUAACGGCCCCGAGAUGGGGCUUCUAUGAUGUGUUGCCGUUUGGGAGCUGGGUGGUGGAGAAUGUGCUGUUUAAGGUGAGUACAGCGGAAGGACAUGGGUUGACAGCGGUGGAAGCUGCCCUCGCGGUGUCGGAGGAUUUGCAAAGGAGAGGUCGGACUCCGGACGAGAUUGCCCGAGUGAGGGUUCGCACGCAGGAAGCCGCCAUGAUUAUCAUUAACAAGGUCGGGCCGUUGCAUAAUGCGGCGGAUCGGGAUCAUUGUUUGAAGUAUAUGGUUGCGGUGGUGUUGUUGAAGGGGGGGAGUAUUGAUACCGCGGAUUAUCAGGAUGAGAGUCCGUGGGCGAAGGAUCCGAGGGUGGAUGAGUUGAGGAGUAAGAUCACUCUGGAGGAGGAUCCGCAGAUGACGAGGGAUUAUCAUAAUCCCGAGAUUAGGAGUUUGGCGAAUGCGCUGAGGGUUACGUUGGUGGAUGGGACCGAGUUGGAUGAGGUGGUGGUCGAUUUCCCCGUCGGACAUGUUCGGCGCGAGGAGACGGCGGUGGCGGUGCGGGAGAAGACCAGGAGGAAUUUGGGGUUGAAGUUGUCGGAUGAGAGAGUAAAUAAGAUCCUGGAGUUGGCGGGGAGUGACGAGUUUGAGAAGUUGCCGGUCAGGGAGUUUGUGGAUUUGUUGGUGCCAGAGUGA